AGGUUUCCACUAGAUAGUACAGCCACAAAGUCCAAAUUUAAAUUCAGGAAAACACAUUUUUGUUGUUGUUUUGUCUAAAUUUAGGUUUAGGUCAGCAGUGUGGUUAUGGUAAGAGUUAAUGUUAGGUUUAAAAUCAGAUUUUAAGAAGAUACAUUGUAUAAAUAGCUGGGUGUAUGACUUUGUUGCUGUUCUAACUAGUUACGACCCUGACACGGGACGGUUUAUCCGGGGAGAAGAGGAGCAGUUGACUCUAGGUUUUUUUAAAUUAUAUUUUAAAACAGCUAGCUAACGUAGCUGUACACGUCGAUGUCUUCGAAGUCAAGAGUACAAUACAAGGGGAAAAGAAUGUCUCUUGUUGAGGAGCGAGAGAAGGCCACCCUCAGGCAGUGUGUGCAGGCCCGCUCUCAGCUGGAGGAGGCCAUCGGUGGGGUGACGAGGGCUGAGGCCCAGCUCAAGGACAACUCCAGAGAGGUGAAGUCCCAGCUUCACACCUGUAUCAGCAGACACCUGGAGUUUAUGCGUUCCCGUGAGGUGUGGCUGCUGGAGCAGAUUAACCUUGUGGAGCAGCUAAAGGGAGAGGCUCUGCAGGCGCAGCUGCAUCAGCUUCACUGUCUCAGAGGCCAGUUUGACAUUCUCAUUCAUCAGCUAGAAAGCUCCAACAGCAACAAUCUGGCCAACCAGCUCACCAGCUGCAUGGAAAAGUUAUCUUCCCUGAACUUGACUCCUGAGGAAACCCCUGAGAUGAGCUUCCAGGCUGACACUCGUUCCCUGCGUCAGGCCAUCACCUCCUUUGGAACCAUUGCCACCCAGCACAUGGAAGUAGGACCUGUGCUGAAUAGUGUCCCUCAAAAAUCGAAUACUAGCGAGCAACCUUGGCUUCAGCAGAGCUUUCCAAUCGCAGCUAAGAAACUGAGGGUGGAGUCUGCACCUCUUUCCGACUGGCUCCUUGGAAACCGUCCAGUGACUACUACCCCAGUUGGAUACCAGUCGAGCAAGAACCCACAGGAUUGGUUGAUGCCCCGCAAGGAAAUUCAGUCAUCCUGCCCCAAGGCCCCCUUUGACUUCCUCAAGUCCUGGGGCCACCGGAUGGACCUGGAGCUGUGGCUGCUGAAGGAGGAGACUCCCAUCAGAGAGAGAACCAACAGUAUCUGUAGCACAAGCAGCAGUUCAACCUUCUCCAUUGAGAAGAUUGAUGAGUCUGAGUUAGAAAUGGCUCUGGAGGAGGAAGAGAUGGCAGAGAUGGACACACUGAGUGACUGGCUCAUCACCCCAGCUACUGUUGCCAAGGAGACCACCAGCGAGAGCUGCCAGGCCUCUGAUGUUGACAGGCAAAAGCAGGUCUCCAACCCUUUCCAGGAGAGCUUCCACGCCAGCGAUUGGCUGCUCAAAUCAGACUGCGGCUCUUGCUGUGACAAGUCCGUGGAGAUUGAGAACCUGGGCAAAAUCUUGUGCCUGAAAACCACCCCCACCUCUGCUGCCAACACACCCCAGGUCUUCAACCCUUUCCAGGAGAGCUUCCACGCCAGCGAUUGGCUGCUCAAAUCAGACUGCGGCUCUUGCUGUGACAAGUCCGUGGAGAUUGAGAACCUGGGAAAAAUCUUGUGCUUGAAAACCACCCCCACCUCUGCUGCCACCACACCCCAGACACCCAACCCUGUAGACAACUGGCUGCAGCAGGCCAUUCCAGGCCAGCAGUCCUGCAAAGCCAACGCGUCCUGCACCAGCUUCUCCGAGUGUGUGUGUGAUGAGAACUGUGGCAAAGAGGCCCUCUCCACCUGGCUCCUCAAGAAGGAGGGUCGGGAUAAGAACGGGGUCUCAGUGGACAAAAACAACCCCAGCAAGCAGUCCACCCUCUACCACCAAGAGCAAGAACAGAAGGUUCAGGGCAUCCUGGAGGCCUGGCUCUACCCUAGCAAGCCUGACAAGACCAUAGGCCCCACGUCCCAAGCCUUAUCCCUCUCAGUCUGGGUGUCUCAACCAGCCUCCAAGGGGGAGGAGAAGGCCAGCAGGGUGGAAGACAGCUCCCAGUUGAAAGGCCCCAAGUGGGAGAACCCCUUCAGCAUACCACUGCAGACAGAGUUCUGGCUCGUACCUGCGAAGACCCACAGUAGCACUGCUGUCACACCGAGACAGGAGAGCACAAAGGAGCAACCCAGCACAGAACCAGAGGAGGACAAGUGGCUUCUACGCAAGCGGGCCAAUGCUCAGGAGCGACUUGCCCCUCCAACAGUAUGUGAUCUAUUUUCCUGUAUGAAAAUCGGUGGAGACCAAGAGAAGGGGCUACACCGUGCACCUAUACAGAUGUAAAAGCUGUAACCAGUAGCUUUUUGAGGAGAUUUUUAGGAUUCUAUUGUGGAGCCACUUUAAUGCUGAUCGUCGCGCACAAUGUCUUGAUUAACUUUUUCCUCCAAUGCUCGUCUGGGUCUCAUUCCCCCCUCUCUCUGAGAUGUGCCUCUAGUCUGAAGUAGAGGCUGGGGUUUGUGGAUGUACUGCCAUCUGGAUUUUCUUGAAUUUGUCUUCUAUAAUCGUAGUACCAGCUCAAUACAUGAAUGUUUGGUGUGAGGGAGGUGAGAUUUUAUUUUAAGAAACCUUUUUUAUGGAAUGCGGUAAAGAGUUGUCACGCAUAUAUCACUAGUAGUAUUCACAGAAUUCCAUCAGUCUGUGACUAUCUAGUUUUCCCCCCAUACUCAAAUAAGACUAUCAGGUAAUGUAAGCUACACUUUGAUUUCCUAGUAAUGUUUUCUUCUGAUCUGGUGAAAUAUUAUUUUGUCUUAAACACCAGUAUAGCUUUCUCUUAAAUGGCUUCAAAAUAGUCAUCUGAAUUACAAGCUUAACCUAAAGGCGUUCUCCAUGACCAAUAGAUCUACAUUUAUCGCACUACCAUAACUCUAGAGUUCUGGUUUAUGUGCCUCAAGUUUGCUUCAUUGUAUUUAGUGGAUACGUUGUGAAAACAGUGUAGGUUUUCCUGUCCUGAGUUGAAAUUGUAUCACUGCUGUGCAAGAGUUGAUUGUUUUCAUGUUGCAAAUAUGCAAGCUGAAAACGUGCCCAAUAUAGUAAUUCCAUUGAAAUUACUUUCGAUUGGCUGAAUCGAACGAGGCAAACGACUACUGCGUAAUCACGGUAGAACCGAUCAAAAAUAACACCUUGUAUUGAUAACCACUGAUGUCUUUCUGCAUAUUACCUCUGUAGAUAUCUCCAUAGUGGGUAAAUCAAAGGUGUUGUACAUGGCUCUUGAAGUGCAAUGAGGAGUUGGAGAGGAGAAACACAAUGGUGCUUGAUGAAUGCUUCUAAUUGUUUUUUCCAUGUUAAUUUUUAACAUAUUAAAUAUUGUUUUUUCCCUGUUCAUUUUUAACAUAUUACCAUGACGUACUAUCCAUAUGAUCGCUUAUCUAACCUUCUCUGCUGUUGUACCAUAUUUAACUCUUAAUAAAAACAACACCUUGA